AUGUCCGGGCGUUUUGUUCGUUCCUCCAAAUAUCGCCACGUCUUUGGACGAUCGACGAGAAAGGAUCAAUGCUACGAUAACCUUCGAGUCUCCCGAAAUGCCUGGGAUACGAACCUACUCAAGGUCAACCCGAAGCACAUUGCCGUCAAUUGGGAAGCAGGUGGUGGUGGAGCUUUUGCGAUCAUUCCUCUUGAGGAACGAGGCAAGCUCCCCGAGCGCAUCCCCUUGUGUCGAGGCCACACUGCGGUCGUUUUGGAUACCGACUGGAAUCCUUUCAACGACGAUUUGAUUGCCUCGGGAUCUGAUGAUGGCAAGGUCUUCCUCUGGCGGGUUCCGGAGAACUUCACUGUGCGCCCUGAGGUCGAUGCCGACGACAUCCAGGAUCUCGCCCCUAUUGGCAAAUUGAGUGGCCACCCUAAAAAGAUCGGCCACGUGCUCUUCAACCCCGCGGCAGAGAAUGUGCUGGCCACAGCCUCUGGAGAUUAUACCGUUAAGAUCUGGGAUAUUGAAGCUGGCGCACCGAAGCUCACGCUGAACAUUGGUGACAUUGUCCAGUCGCAGUCCUGGAGUGCCAAUGGCUCCCUAUUGGUCACCACCUCGCGUGAUAAGAAGCUCCGCAUCUGGGAUGUGCGACAGGAACGUCCGGCUCAUGAGACCAAUGGUCACACCGGUGCAAAGAACAGCCGCGCCGUCUGGCUGGGUGAGCGUGAUCGCAUUGCGACUACCGGUUUCUCCAAGAUGAGUGAUCGCCAGCUGGCGCUCUGGGAUAUCCGUGCCGUGCGUGAGCCCAUCAAUGGCUUCAAGACCUUGGAUUCCAUCUCUGGCGUAUGCAUGCCUUUCUGGGACGAUGGAACCAACUGCCUGUACUUGGCUGGCCGAGGUGACGGCAACAUCCGAUACUUUGAGCUUGAGAAUGACAAGUUCGAGUUCCUUUCCGAGCACAAGUCUGCAGACCCACAGCGCGGCGUUGCUUUCAUGCCCAAGCGUGGUGUGAACAUGCACGAGAAUGAAGUCGCUCGCGCUUACAAGACUGUCAACGAUCAAUACAUUGAGCCCGUCUCGUUCAUCGUUCCCCGCCGGUCUGAAAACUUCCAGGAUGACAUUUAUCCUCCCACUCUUGGAGUAACCCCCGCCAUGUCCUCCUCCGAAUGGCUCAGUGGCAAGGAGGCCCUUCCUCCCAAGAUCUCCAUGGCCAGCCUCUUCGAUGGGGAGGGUAUCAAGGAGGUUUCAGGAGUGGAGGAGAAGCCAACGGGCUCCAUGGAUGCCCCCGCCCCCAAGCCUGCCGAAGCACCCAAGAAGGCCCCUGAGCCUACCUCCCCCAAGGCUGCCCCCGAGCCCGUCCCGGAACCCACUCCGGUUGCGCGCCCCGCCCCAUCGAUGAAGGAGCAAGGCGCUUCCAUGGCCGCCAUGGUGAACAAGUUUGCCGACGGUGAAGAAGAGGCCAACGUCUCAGAUGAAGACGACUCUAGCUUCGAAGAGGUCUCCAAGCCCGUCGAGCGCCCCACUCGCUCUGCCGCGGCAGGAUCUUCCUCUCCCCGAAUUAGCAGCCCAUUGAGGCCCAAGGAGGUUGAGACCAAGCCUCAGCCCACCUUGACCUCUACCACUACUUUACCUCCUGCCAGCGAAACCCCCUCACCCACCACUUCCAUCCCUAAGAACGACAUCGAAGAAAUCAAAAGCCUGAUUGCCGAACAGACGAAGACAAUUGCCUCUCAAGCACAGCAAAUGCAAUCGCUGACUGCCGAGAUUGAGGCAUUGAAGAGCAAGCUGAACUAA